GUGGCGCGAGCCGCGAUGUCGGCAGAGCUGGCGGCUAUGGCGAUGGCUGUUCGGAAGCGUAAUGCCGAUGGUGUUGCUGAGUCUGCUGCCGCGGUUAUUGAGUGCUUGGGUGCGCAAGUGGCUGGCAGCUUCUCGGCAGGAGCACGAGACAAAUUACUCGUGUUGAUGCGGGAUACGGCGGCUCAUGUAUCUGCCACGAGAUCGUAUAAUUUGUUGCAUAGUGACUCUGAAGCGAUGGAAGCUCAUGAAAUGACGCGAGACUCGGCUCGAGAGGCCGUGGCAACGUUGCGCGACUUU